UGGUUUACACAAACGGUGAAUAUUAUUACCAAUGCAGAGGAGGCCCCGUUAUAACGAACCUUUUUCUCCCCCCACCUUGAAAAUGGAAAGAACGUGAACUCACAGAACCCGCUUCUUCGCCCGCCAACCCUCUCCUCUCCUGCUGGUGUGACGGCCCUGGGCGCCUGGCCCAGAUCAGGCCCGCCACGGCUCGCGGCAAAGCUUGGCGCUUCUGUGCGCGCGUCUGCGGACAAAGAGCAGGCGGCGGCGGCGCAGGGCGGCCAGCCGGGAGGUGGAGGCGGGCAACGCAGCGCGCUGGGGGAAUCCCUUCCGCAUUUUUACGUCACCGCAGCGCUGGCCAAUGAGAAGCGGGACGGGGGGGAUUCCCGCUCCGGCUACCGCCCAGCCGGCUUUUUAAACGGUACUCUGGGGAAUGCCGUCUAGGAGCAGUGGGAGGAAUGGGGGAAAUGAAAAUUAAGGGUGAAAAAUGAUGGUCCCUGGGGGGAGGAGGGGGUGGUGAGACUCUAGAUGUUUGACGAUUAGGCGUCAAGACCGACUUAGAGCUGGGGGGGAAACCAGAGCCGAUCCGGCGGGGGAAGCCAAACUCUAGGUAGGGGGAAGUUCUGCGGAGAUGGAGUGGAAACUGGAGCGCACCGCCCCGCGGAGGGUCCGGACAGAAGAAGAGAUGCUGUGGGAGAAUGUCAUGCGGGUGUUUGCCAAAGACCUGAAGCAGAAGAGAAAUCCACGUUCUUCCAAGUUGUUUGAUGAAGUUAAGCCCACAUAUUCUAGCUUCAAGAGCAACUUUGUGAAGAGGCUGUCAGUGGAGGGUCCCAUUGCCAGUAGCCCAAUUACCACUAGAUGGCGGCAAAGCCAAACCAGGGAUCUGGCAGCCUGUUCCGUUGGGGAAGAGCUUUCAACCACUUACCUCCCAGAAGAUUCUGGAUCCAUGCUGAAGAUAACGCCUGAGAAAGAGACUUUGAUUCUAGGAUCCUACCAAGAACCAUUCCAGACACCCACCAAAGGGACUUUCGAAACAAGUACCUCUUUCCAUUUUUGCAAGGAAGCUCAUGCGACGGACAGAGACUGGAAUGAAACCGUUGCCUCAAAAGGCCGGAAAUGCCUAAACCAGCUAUUUUCGACCCAGAAGGUGGCUCGGUGGGUUAGUGGGCAAAUGCAGCUCUGUGAACAAUCCCAGUGUGCCUGGAAAGGCUGCAGAGAUGGAGUCAGAGAUGAAUCCUUCCAUCUUAAAAGAUUCAAGAAUCUAGACUAUUCCAUACUCCAACCAGAAGUGAAGAUUCAUCUUACUGGUCUUCGAAAUGACUAUUAUCUGAAUACUCUAGAUUGGAAUUUUCAAAAUCUAGUUGCUAUAGCUCUUGGAUCCUCUGCAUUCAUCUGGAAUGGGGAAAACUACAAUGUGACUGAAAAUAUAGAUCUACCUCUCAAUUGUAACUAUGUAUCUUCUGUGUCCUGGGUAAAAGACGGAACCUGCCUGGCAGUUGGCACCAGUGAGGGAGAAGUACAGUUAUGGGAUGUGGUAACUAAAAAGCAGCUGAGAAAUAUGCUUGGUCAUUUGUCGGUGGUUGGGGCUCUGAGCUGGAAUGACUGUAUUCUCACCAGCGGGUCGAGGCUGGGCUGUGUUUAUCAUCACGACGUUCGGGUCACCCAGCAUCACGUCGGAACACUUCACCACAAGCAAGCUGUCUGUGCUCUCAAGUGGUCCCCUGAUGGCAGGCUGCUUUCCAGUGGCUGUAGUGAUGGACUGCUGACGAUAUGGCCCCAUGAUCCCGGUGCAAAAGCCCAGGUUCAACCCCUGAAAGUCAUAGCCCAACCUACAGCAGUCAAGGCCAUGGAUUGGUGUCCCUGGCAGUCUGCAGUCCUUGCUGUUGGAGGCGGCAUGGAAGAUGGACACUUACGUGUCUUGGACAUAAAUACUGGGCAAAGCAUCCAGACCCCAAGCACAGACUCACAGAUUUGUUCCCUUAUCUGGCUACCUAAGACAAGGGAGAUUGCAAGCGGCCAAGGUAGUCCCAAGAAUGAUGUGACUGUGUGGGCCUGUCCUGGUCUGACCAGGUCACGUGGAUUUUUGGGCCACAGAGGCAGAGUGCUGCACCUGGCUUUGAGUCCAGACCAGACCCGAGUGGUUUCUGCUUCAGCAGAUGGCACAGCCUGUGUAUGGAGCUGCUGUCACUCAGCAACUCCAUGAGCUCCAGCUUCCUCACUUCAAAGUGGGAAUAAUGACAGUAGCCUUCUCUUCUCCACGGGUUUGUUGUGACUAUCAAACUGGAUGACGUGCUUUUCCUGAGGUGAAUGUUCUCGUGACCUUUCUUCUCAGGCUUAUUUGCUCUGCUUCCUCCUGUUCCAUUCCCUGAUACUAUCUUUGCCUCUUCUCUAUUUUCCCCUCCCUCAUUCUCCUCUUCUUCUUCCUUCUUUUUCUUGUUUUCUAUCUCUUCCUGGUUAGGGAUGCAUUUCCACUGUGAUAGCAGAGAUUUCUACAGCAGAGAUUUCCAAACACCUUUUCCCCUCUUGACAUUUCUCCCAAUGUCCAGUCUCAUAUUUCUUUCUGACUCUGGGUAUUUCCUUUCUGAGAUCCUUUCCUGUUUUAGCUUAAACCAAAUACAUUAAAAACAUCCCUUAUUCACUUGAAAAAUAUUGGUUAAAAUCCCACUAUAUGCUAAGCAGUAUGUUAAGCAUGCCCAUUAUUUCCUCUCAAAAUGAGAUCCCCUGUAGAACUCCCUUGUCCCUCUCCCUGCUCUCAUCCCUAUCUUGGUCAACCCAUCAUCCAGGGAACCUCCUGAUUAUUCCAUUCCAUGCUUAAUCUGCUCACACCUUGUUCUCUUCUGUUUCAUUCUAGUCAUGUCCUGAAUACCUGAUGACCACUUCAUUGUAAUUCCUUCUGUUUUUCUCUCUUUAUUCUUCAUGUGUCUCCACCACACAGUUAGGCUACAUUUCUAAAAGUAUGGUGGUGAUCUUCUCAGCCCCUGCUCAGAAACUCUCAAUGACUCCCUAUUACAUAGAGCCCUCACCUCAACCUUAGGGUCCUGAGCCCUAGAACAGCCAUAGACCUACUGAGCAAACUUGCAUGUGGUCAUAACACUUACAAGAAUAGGACUUUGGAUUUGAUAAUUGUUAAGUUUUUUUAAGUCUCGAUCAGGCCACUGUUCUCUCUCUCUCUUUUUUAAAGUAGGCUCC